UCAGCUGUGGCUACAACGAGGAGGCAUAAUCUACCAACGUCAGAUUCCGGUGCCUUCACCGACUGGGCGGCGGCGACCACGACUACAUCUUCCCUUGCCACUGAGGAUCUAUCUCUUGGUUUCAAUGCUGGUCCCGCCGUAGUCCACGGCGGUUUAGGCUCAGCUUCCGCCGCCGCCGACGUUCCUUCAUGGCAUCCCGGAUCUUCUGUCCGUUAUGGCUUACAGUCGUCGUCGGCGGCGACGGAUAUGGGUAUGGUCGGUCUGAGAGAUGUUUUCCUUGUUGCUCCGGCGUACCACCACCAUCAAAACGCCGGAGUUAUAUCUGGACCCGAAGCGGCGGCGCUUGGCGUCGGAGUGGUUCCUCUCCUUACGGCGGGUCCGCCUCAGCAAAACGUGGAAGACACCGACAUUAACUUCCUCGGAAACAACCGGAGAUGGCAGAACAACAACAACAACCACGAAACGCAGUAUCUUCAGUUCAAGAGUACUAACCAGACUGCGGUAGGAACGAGCUCGAACAACAACUCCGGUUCCGGCUCCGGCGCAUCGGGAACCGCCACGUGUCAAGACUGUGGAAACCAAGCGAAGAAAGAGUGUAAGCAGAGGCGGUGCAGGACGUGCUGCAAGAGCCGUGGCUUUGAUUGUUCUACUCACGUGAAGAGCACGUGGGUCUCUGCGGCUAGGCGGAGAGAGAGGCAAGUCAUGCCUUCCGGCCCUAAUCCAACGGCUGGAUCGUCUCUCUCUACAUCCUCCGGGACGAAGAAGCCGAGGAUCGUAGGGUCUCAACAACAGCAACAACAACAACAACAAGCCACUUCUCAUACUUCAACUUCUAACACGCCUCCUCAAAGUUUCGAGACCAGUUCCAGCCGACAAGACGGAGGAGGGUCAAGGGAAGCAUGGCCUGGGCAGAUUAGAGCCCCGGCAGUGUUCAAGUGUGUGAGAGUAACGGCAGUGGAGGAUGGUGAUGACGAGUAUGCUUAUCAAGCGAUAGUGAAAAUCGGUGGCCAUGUCUGUAAAGGAUUCUUGUAUGAUCAAGGGCUUGAACCCAAAGAAGGUUUUCCUAAUAUGUCGGAUUUGCAUUUAGGUGGUGCAGCCAAUAACCAUAACGGAGUGUCAGCCUCGGCGCCUAUUCUUGAACAGCCAAAUGUCUACGGUGGUGGUGGCGGUUCAGGCGGUGGGUUUUACGGUUAAACCAAAUUCAAAGACGUUUUACUAUUUGACAGAUAAAGAUGUUAUCUUCUUUGAUAUUUUUUUUUUACAAUGGGGUUGGAUACAAAAGAAUAUUUCACUGACUCUAUUGUAUGAAUUUUCCAUGUGGACGAACUGCUUCAAAUGAUGCAACAAACGUUAUCGAUAAUUUUUUAAUUGGUGGUGAAA